AUGCUGUAUAAAAUUGACCACUGUGUUUCUACGUUCGCAAAUUUUAUUAUUCAUAUGAAAAUGAUGCAAGAAGUGAGUGUCGAUAAAGCUAAGGAGGAGUUGAGAACUAUUGAAAUCGAACCUAAUCAUGAUACUGCACCAGCCAUUUCUUGUUCAGGAAAAGUCGUGGAACCAUACUCGAAUUUUGGGCAGGAUUUGUCGGGAAGCGAUGACGACGAAGCUUCCGAGGUUGACUCAUUUAUCUUGGAAGAUGACAGUGAGCAAGGACUGGAGGCCUCCAAGUUUUUGCUGGCUGCAGAGUCUGAUGGGCAGGGCAUCCAGACUGUUGACCCCCAGACACAGGCAAGGCUAGAAGCUUUGCUGGAAGCUGCUGGAAUCAGCAAAUUGUCUUCAAAGGAUGGCAAAGCUCUCUCGGACCCGGAGGUACUGCGCACACUGACCUCAUCUGUAAGCAGUGCCCUUGAUGAAGCAGCACAAGCUUUGCACCGUAUGAGAGACACCCAGGGACAACUGCCAUCUGGAGAUGGAAUGCACAUGGAUGCAAACGGGGAGAGUGAGUCUAUUGGUCAUCGAUCUGGCUCAGGCAAUGUGGCGGAUGCUUCAGAGGAAGGUGAAAGCUUGCUGUCAUUGGCCUGUUCUGCUGGGUACUACGAGCUGGCUCAGGUCCUGCUGACCAUGAAGGCUAAUGUAGAAGAUAGAGGCAUCAAGGGAGACUGUACUCCACUGAUGGAGGCAGCUAGUGGUGGCCAUGUAGAUAUUGUAAGGCUGCUUCUGCUUCAUCAUGCCGACAUCAACGCUCAGUCCUCCGCUGGUAACACACCUCUUCAUUACGGAGCUUGUGGAGGAUUUAAGGAUGUAGUUCUGGAGUUGGUAAUGAAUGGAGCCAAUGUGGAGAUCCACAAUGAAAAUGGUCAUACUCCUCUGAUGGAAGCCGCUUCAGCUGGCCAUGUAGAGGUGGCAAAGAUCCUUCUGGAGCAUGGGGCAGGCAUCAACACACAUUCUAAUGAGUUCAAGGAGAGUGCAUUGACUCUGGCCUGCUACAAAGGUCACCUAGAGAUGGUGAAGUUCUUGCUGGAGGCAGGAGCUGACCAGGAGCACAAGACAGAUGAGAUGCACACAGCUCUGAUGGAGGCGUCCAUGGACGGGCAUGUGGAGGUGGCACGCUUGCUGCUGGACAGUGGUGCUCAGGUUAACAUGCCCGCUGACAGUUUUGAGUCACCUCUGACCCUAGCAGCCUGCGGAGGACACCUGGAACUAGCCGGCCUCCUUAUCGAGCGAGGGGCCAACAUUGAGGAGGUCAACGAUGAAGGGUACACGCCCCUGAUGGAGGCAGCAAGAGAAGGUCAUGAGGAUAUGGUGGCACUCCUGCUGUCUCAAGGGGCUGAUAUCAAUGCACAGACUGAAGAGACCCAGGAGACAGCCCUCACCUUGGCUUGCUGUGGCGGAUUCCUGGAGGUGGCUGACUUCCUGCUGAGAUCUGGUGCCCACAUUGAGCUUGGCUGCAGUACACCUCUGAUGGAGGCCGCCCAGGAGGGUCAUUUAGAGCUGGUAUCCUUCUUAUUGCAAUCUGGUGCCAAUGUUGAGGCUCAGACAGGAACAGGUGACACAGCCUUGACUUAUGCCUGUGAGAACGGACACACAGAUGUUGCUGAAGCUUUACUUGAAUGUGGAGCUAACUUGGAACAUGAAUCAGAGGGUGGUAGGACUCCGCUCAUGAAGGCUGCCAGAGCUGGGCAUUUGUGUACUGUCCAGUUCCUCAUCAGUAAAGGUGCCGAUGUGAACAGAGCCACUACCUCCAAUGACCACACAGUCCUGUCACUAGCCUCUGCAGGGGGUCAUCUAGCUGUGGUUGAGUUGCUACUGCAGCAUGGAGCAGAUUGCAACCAUAAACUCAAGGAUGGCUCAACAAUGGUGAUCGAAGCAGCCAAAGGAGGCCAUACCCAAGUAGUCAAGCUUCUUUUGGAGUGGCCCAACCGAUAUCUAGUCCACUCUGCUACUGACCAGCUCGCACAUUUAUGUGUCAAUGAUGUACCAUAUGAAGAGCCUCGAGUCCCUGUCCAGGGUUUGGCUAACAUUGUUCCACCCAGUGAACCAGAUUCCCAGAUUCCACUGGCAUCAGCUAUUCAUACUAAAACAGUUGAGCUGAGUCGCCAGAACUUGCAGAAAAACCUCACGAAACGUUUAAAUGGGGGCCAGGUGGAUACAAAGGGCGGGAACAAGUUUUGUAAUCCUGAAAAUUUUCAGCAGUUCUUCAGUGAUGCUGGGUUAAUAAGUGAUCGAGCUAUUGAUAAGGAAGAAAACCUCUGCACAAACCAGCCAACCAAGGAGGAACAGAUUCAGAGGAAGCAGCAGAUCCUGGAGGAGCUGAAGAAGGUUGAGCAGGAGCUUCAAGACAAGGCCCAGGCUCACUUAUUGCACAGCACCCAGCUGGAACUGGAGGAGCACCACCAGCAGCAGAUACAGACCAAGUUACGGCAGGCUUCCACCUCAUUCCCUACAGCUUCUCCCUUUGGCCCUGCCAAUGCAGUGGUGGCUUCAGCAGGUCUUGGAGCUGUUUCCAAGGCAGAACAGUUGGCGAAACAGAACGAAGAAAUAGCCAAGUUGCUGGAGUUGCCAAGUCACACGAUUGGCUUGAUAGAUCCCCACAAUUUGGAUCAGCUUGACAUUUCAAAAAUUCUGGCCUGGAAUGAAGAGAACUGUGCUGAAGCAUCUUGUCCAGAGGCUUGUUUACAAACGGUCCAAGCACAUUUGCAACAACAGCAGCAGCAGCAAAGCCAACUGCAGAGAACUGCACCUCCACCUCCACCCUUGACAGCCGCUGUGGUACCAACUUCACCAGGUGUUAGCCCUGUGGCAGAUACUCGCGGUGGGGGCGGCGGUGGCGGCAAAAUUUUGGGAGGCAAAAGAAAUGGAUCCAACAAGCAGGUGCGAACCUCCAAGAACUCCCAGCCUUUGCAGCAGUCGCCACCGCCUCCUCCUCCACCACCACCUCCGUUAUCUGUUCAUUCGCCGAAGGGAUCACCUAUGCUUCCACUGGUCUCUCAGCAGCCGACCCUCGCCCAGAAUCAGCCAAUUGUGUUUCAUACCGACCAUAAUGGAGUGUCCCAGUCAGUGGAUUCCUCGCAGAUCCUGGCUCUGAACUCAGCCUCCCAGGUAAUGCUGGACCCGCUGCAGUGCCAGCAGCAUCAGUCCCUGGCCCAGCAGGUGCACCUGCAGCAACAGCAGCAGCAGAUGUUAACGGCCCAACAGCAGAUGUUAGCCUACCCUCAGCUAAUACCCCAGCAGCAGCAGGACCAACUGCUGCACCAGAUGCUGAACCAGUCUAAUCUUCAGCAUCAACUACAGUUGCAACAGGUACAGUGUGGUCAGCAGUUUCUACAGGGAGUGGCCAGCACUCAGGUGACCGCUGCGCACACAGCACAGUUGUCUCAGCAGUUGCUGCAGCAACAACUAAAGCCACCAUCGACGUCCGGCACCUACAGCACACCACCUGUAAACAAAUCUCAGGUCCGCAAACAGCAAAGAGUGGCACAGACAGCCCAGCAGACUGUGAUCCAACAAAAUGCUAUCGUCAACGUGGACGGGAGCUACCCUUCGCCAGGCAUCCUGGGCACGGCCAUGAACUCUCUCUAUUCAUCUGUGGAUGUGGAUUCUCAGACGGAGAGCAACCAUGAUACGGCUCUGACGCUGGCUUGUGCUGGUGGCCAUGCCGAGCUGGUCACUCUGCUGCUGGCCAAGGGAGCGGAUAUAGAGCACAGGGAUAAGAAGGGAUUCACACCACUGAUCCUUGCUGCUACGGCAGGCCAUGUUGAUGUGGUGGAGAUCCUCCUAGACCAUAAUGCUGAUAUUGAGGCUCAGUCAGAACGGACCAAAGAUACUCCUCUGUCCCUGGCCUGCUCUGGCGGUAGAUAUGAGGUUGUAGAGUUGCUGUUGAAUAGAGGUGCAAACAAAGAGCACCGCAAUGUCUCCGACUACACACCGCUCAGCCUGGCAGCCUCUGGGGGGUACGUCAACAUCAUCAGGCUGCUUCUCAACCACAAUGCUGAAAUCAAUUCCAGGACGGGCAGUAAGCUGGGCAUAUCCCCCCUGAUGCUGGCGGCCAUGAACGGACACACAGCAGCCGUGAAGCUUCUCCUGGACCAAGGCAGUGACAUCAAUGCCCAGAUUGAGACCAACCGCAAUACAGCCUUGACCCUGGCCUGCUUCCAGGGCCGGCAUGAGGUCGUCAGCCUGCUGGUUGAUCGUAAAGCCAACAUUGAACAUCGAGCUAAGACUGGCCUGACUCCAUUGAUGGAAGCUGCUUCAGGAGGCUAUGUGGAAGUUGGCCGAGUUCUCUUGGACAAAGGAGCAGACGUGAAUGCUCCCCCCGUGCCAUCUUCCAGGGACACUGCCCUGACAAUUGCUGCUGACAAGGGACACUACCGAUUUGUGGAGCUACUUCUGCAUCGAGGUGCUGCCGUAGAUGUGAAAAAUAAGAAAGGAAACUCUCCACUCUGGCUUGCAUGCAAUGGUGGACACAGCGAUGUUGUCUCCCUGUUGGUCCAGGCGGAAGCUGACAUUGACAGUCAGGACAAUCGUAAGGUCUCCUGCCUGAUGGCUGCCUUCCGCCGCGGACACAUCAAAGUGGUCAAGUGGAUGGUCAAGAAGGUCACCCAGUUCCCCUCGGAAAAUGAAAUUAAGAGAUACAUUGCCACAAUCACUGACAAGGAGCUUCAGAAGAAGUGCAACCAGUGUGCUGACAUCAUCGUGGCCGCCAAAGAACGCCAGGCUGCCGAAGCUAACAAGAACGCUGAUAGUCUUCUAGAAGAGAUCCAGCAGGAGAAGGAGCAGGCGGCCUUGAAGGCAGAGCUGGCCAGCAAGAGGAGGGAGAGACGGCGGGAGCGCAAACGGAAGGGAAAACAACGGGAUGAGAAAAAUGAAAAAGACAAGGAUAGUGGCAAAAACUCGUCACCUGAACCUGAUGGGGAGUCCAACAGUAAAAAAGAUGACGACGAUGAAGAUGAGGAUGAAGAAGAUGACAGUAAUUCUGAACCUCCUAUGAUUGCUGCUCCGCUGACUGUGAAACCUGACCCCGUGAAAUGUUCUAAAGUGAAGAACAGGACAUCGGCACCAAACAAGUGCCAGACUUCACCAGAAAAUCAACAGCCUGCCCGAGUCUUACCAUUGAUGACCUCAUCGGUUGCCGUGACAUCUGCAACAACUACCGCAUCAACUGCCAGUGGGCCCUCGCCUGCCGCAGCUAGAGCUAGUCGAGAUAGUCGUAAGAAGCAACAAAAGGCGGCCAGGGAAAGCCGCUGUGAAGGUAGUGACCAGGAUCGGGGGUUGAGAAAUGUCAAGGCUGAGCUCAGCAAGAAAGAAGUGACCCAGGCUCUGCAGGUGAAGGUCGUCAAGGUGACCACAGCUGCCGAGCUGCUAGUGUCAGCAGCGGGAAUAACCAGUCGUCCUGCUACAUCCGUAGUGACAACCAGCCCCACCCAGGUCAUUUAUGUCACCCACACACCAAAGGUAGCCAGCACAAGUGUGAACACCAACAACCCUGUCUCACAACCACUUCCACCGGUGGUUGGCUACACCAACAGCAAGGAUAACCCCACCAGUGUUGCUGUUAAUGGAGGCGCUGCCAGGUCCAGACCCAAGAAAUCCACUGAUAUGAUAAAACAGAGUAGUACAACUGGUAUCGGCGACUUGGAUGACUUUGGAGUGAUCCCUACCACUGUGCUGAAGAAUAUUGACAAAAUCAAUGGAACUGCGCCAGGUACCAAGAAGUUAAGUGAUAGCAAGAAAGACUGGAUAGAUGAGUACAGCAAAUACUUUGACAAAAACAUGGUCAACAGACUGACCAGUUCUGCCCCUAGUCCAAGAAAGGGCCAGAAGAAGGAGGAUGGCUGGAAGGAAGUCAUCCGGAAGAAUGUUUCCAAGAAACUAUCUGUGCCAGGAAAUGUGAUAUCUCGCCUGAUUGGAAAAGGCGGCUGCAAUAUCAACGCCAUCCGCGAGCUCUCAGGAGCUCAUGUGGAGAUUGAGAAAUCCAAGGGUGCCGCUGAAAGGACUGUAACAAUCAGAGGUGCUCCUGAAGCUAUACGCCAGGCCAACAGUUUAAUUAAUGCGAUGAUAGAGGAGCCGGACAAGGAUGUCUCUGAACUUCUGACUCGGGCUAACAAAGGUCAGAAGCCAGCACCAGAGAAACCAGCGUCACAGAAGGUGCCUGUGGCCAUCACUGAUUUUGCCAUCGGCACAUUUAUUAUCCCGACCACGUCUAUGCACACCAGUAGCAACACCACUGUCAAAUCUCCAGGGCAGUCCAAAUCUGGCAAGCAGAAUGGCAGCCAGUUCAGUUCACAGGCAAACUCGGCUGUCAACACCAUGGGUCCCACUAUCGGGGCUUGGCAGAACCCGGUUCCCGGCCAGGCGUUACCUGCCUCUCCCAGACGAAGCCCGCAGAAACAGGUGACCCCUAGUUCCUCUGUUAUUGGAGCCAGGUCGAGUGCAAUGGAGAAUGCCGAAAAGGCAUCAGCACGGCAACUGAUGUUUGGCAUGGAGCCAGGGAAAAGGCCAAGGUCACCAGUGUCUGUGAUGUCUUCUAGCAGUGCUCCCAUGAACUUCACCACCACGGCCACUAGCAGCAGCAGAGGUGUGGUCUGUACACCACUACCUAACCAAACCAUGAGCAAGCCCCAUGAUCAGCAGCGCCUGCAGAAUCAGAUCAAACCUGCCAUGCCUGCCGGCAUCCCAGCAGCUACUUCUGCAGUUCGCUUCUCUCGUCCCCUUUCCUCUGCCGGACCCAGGAUGGAAGGGUUACCCCUACCAAUUGUUACCAGUGGCUCCUCUAGCCACUUAGACCGUAGCAACCAGGCUGGAAAUUGCACUCCUUCGAGCCAGCCAACCUCCGGAGAGUAUUCACCGUUCAAUAACGGCUUGUUUACAAAUUUUAUGCCCAAGAAAGAAGAGCCAACAGACAAGAUGGACUUUGCUAGUGUGGCCGCUGCGGGUGUGGUCACCACCAGCCCCAGUCCCCAGACGACUACCAACCCAAGCCCAUCGACCAGCAGCAACACCAUCAAUGACAUUGACCCAGUUCUCCAAGCCAAGGCACCAGGAUACAAAAUGCCCCAAGGGAACUCGCCCCCGUACAGGCCUGACAUGAAUGCCAGCAUGGGAGGGUACCAGAUGUCCCCGGUGGGAAGCAGCGUCACCAGCUCAGUCCACGGACUAUCAAACAUUAAUAGCAGCAUGAGACCCUUGGCUCCCGUAGCUACGUUGAUGGAUGACUUCCAGAUAAACCAGAUGCUUCACUACCAGUACUUGAACCAGCAAAUGUCAGAGAACUGUAGUCCCAUGCUGCAGAAUGCUCUAAUGCGAAUGGACAUAGGAACUAGGGGUUUGCCUAUGAUACCGGGGGUAUUCCACCACCAAGGGAUGUCUGGUAUGCCUCUCCAACAACUGCCACAGAAGGAGGAGUACAGCAAGCCGCACAGACCCAUGACACUGCCAGAAAUCAAAGGAGGUCUGAACCCCAAUGCUCCAGAGUUCCAGCUGCCUGGUACUGGGCCACCUAUGAUGAAUGGCUUUGACCGUCAUUCUGGAAGUUCAAUGGGUGGGAUGGUGAGAAUGAACAUGGCAGAUGUUGGUGGACGGUCAGCGAUGGGCCCCCUUGCGAAUCUAGAAGGUCCUAUUCAGAAUUCAGGACCCAAUCCAGGUCAUAUGCCCCCUAUAAUGCAUCCUGACAUGCUAGGAGGCCCUAGUGUCCAGUACCUGCUUCACCAGCAACACCCCCCUGGAAGUGGCCUGGUGGCAACAGACAAUGGAGGAAGCCCGCAGCUGGUUGCCGGUCAGAUGACAUCUAGUCUCAGCUCCAUACCACACCCUCACAGUUCCGCACAAGGCAUGAUGGGACCUCCGGGCCUGUCUCCAGGCGGAGGAGGGAUUCCCAACUUCCUACCCCAGUCGCAGCCUCAGAGGGCCCAUACAUCCUUGCAGAACCUAGCUGGGGUUCGGCCCAGCAGUGCUCCGUCUGUUCAGCCAGUGGAUCCUGGAAUCAUGAGCGCCCCAAGGAGUGGAUCACCUCUGUCAGCAAGAACUCCACCACUGGAUCAUGGGAAACUGAUACAGCCAAUCGGAGGUGAGCGACGGAAAGGAACAGGGAGGCCAGGGCCUGUGCCCAACGCUGGCUCAUACAGUAAUUUAUGGAGCUUUGGCGACUCCACGGCCUAUAGCCCCAAGUGGUCUACCAGUGGUUCUAUAAGGGCUAACCCUGUCCCUUCGGCAGUGAUGACAGCCCCAGGGGUUUCCGGUGGUAACAUGGUCUACCCAGGUAUGCCAGAUGCAGAUAAUGAGGUCCUUGACUACGGUCUGCAGUCACAUGUUCCAUUUAACGAUACAGGGAUGCCUGGAGGUGAUGGCGACCAUAAUAGCAUGGGACAGCCGCCUGCUAUGAUGGUACCAGCAAUGUAUAGUAACGGUCCUUAUCCGAUGGCUCCAAUGUUUCCACCCAAGGGCAUUGUUGGCGAUUCCCAUACUCCUCCUCUCUGGAACCCAGCCCUGACACUUGUGCCCUCUGGCCAAGGUGACAAUGAGAGAUGGCAGUCAUGGAGUCAGUGA